AUGACUCACAAACUGGAAUACGUCACAUUCUUUAAUGGCCAGAAGAUGCCGAUUGUCGGCCUGGGAACAUGGCAGUCACCAAACGGCGAGGUGGGGCAGGCCGUGGACGCGGCACUGGAGGCCGGCUACCGCCACAUAGACACCGCCUACGCCUACGGGAAUGAGGUGGAGAUAGGCCAGACCCUGAAGAAAUGGUUCGAUUCUGGGAGACUGAAGAGGGAGGAAGUUUUCAUUGUGACCAAGCUUCCAUUCAAUGGGAACAGAGCAGAGUCUGUGGAGAAGUACCUCAAGAAAUCCCUGGAAGCACUGCAGCUGGAAUACGUCGACCUGUACCUCAUCCACCAUCCCAUAGGUCACUUAGAUGUGGAUGGAUCUGUUUUUCCAAGAGACAAAGAUGGAAAAGUUCUGCUUGACAUGAAUACUGAUCACAUCAGCCUGUGGAAGGCUAUGGAGGCACAAGUGGACUCGGGCCGAGCGCUCUCCAUCGGGCUGUCCAACUUCAACUCGAGGCAGGUGAAGCGCAUCUGGCAGGCGGCGCGCAUUCCUCCGGCCAACCUGCAGGUGGAGCUGCACGUCUACUUCCGGCAGCGCGAGCUGGCCGCCUUCUGCCGCGCCCUCGACGUCACCGUCUGUGCUUACGCCCCCCUCGGCUCCCCGGGGAGGGUCGACUUUGAACGGAAACGCGGCAGAGACACCAGCAAAAUCGUGCAGCUGAACCCCAUGUCGGACCCUACCGUAGUGGACAUCGCGCAGCGACACGGCAAGACUCCUGCCCAGGUGCUGCUGCGCCACCUCGUGCAGCACGGGAUAGGCGUCAUCCCGAAGAGUGUCAACCCGGAGCGUAUCCGACAGAACUUUGAUGUGUUCGAUUUUGAGCUGACACCGGAGGAUAUGGAGAAACUGGACGCGCUCGACAGGGGCCCGAAGGGACGGAUGUUCGGCACUGUUGCCGAUCCAGACCGAAUGAGACAUCCAGAAUACCCAUACAAGGAGCGCUAUUAGAACAACAGAGGCUGCUUUACACCAUUUACUUUCGAGACUUGGACAAGAUGUAGGUGAUAGUAACUCUGGACACUCAUCUUUGAGUUGUAUCUAUAAACACAUAAUUUACUAUUACACUUUUAUA